CCAGGCCGCGCAAAGCGCAAACUGCUGGAAGACGUGCUACUGCCUGCACUUUCGUUGCCGCCAACAUCCCUGUUAUCUCCGGUCCACGUUAACUGUCGACUUCUUCUCUGGUGCCGUUCUGCGACCGCAGCAGCGUUGACAACAACAGCUAAGUGGCGGAUUCUGGCUGGGACGUGGGCUUGGGAGUCCGGGAAGGCGCCAGGGGCGGACAGAACGAACCCGGGAGCCCGCCAUCUCUCUCUAGCCAUCACUAUUGCAGUCACCCCUCCCUGAAGGAGGAGAAAAGCACUAGUGAGAGGCACUCUCUGUCUCAGUUCCCAGUCAGUUAGCUCGCUUCUGACAAAAUCGGAAAAGAGGACUGAUACAGUCUCUCGGAUCGUGAAAAAUAUCUGCCAUUGAACACUGCUGACUGUUAGUCAGCUUGUUAAGCGAAGGGCAGCUUUACUUCGGCCACAGAAGACCUGAGCCAUGUCUCCUCCGACCGUGCCUCCUACUGGGGUAGAUGGUGUGUCCGCGUACCUGAUGAAGAAAAGGCACACUCACAAGAAGCAGCGCCGUAAGCCCACUUUCCUCACUCAUAGGAACAUCGUGGGCUGCCGCAUUCAACACGGCUGGAAAGAAGGCAAUGAGCCAGUGGAGCAGUGGAAGGGAACUGUGCUCGAGCAGGUUUCCGUGAAGCCCACUCUGUAUAUCAUCAAAUAUGACGGCAAAGACAGUGUGUACGGACUAGAACUGCACAGAGAUAAGAGAGUUUUAGCGCUGGAAAUUCUUCCUGAGAGAGUUCCUUCUCCGCGCAUCGACUCUCGCCUGGCUGAUUCCCUGGUUGGGAAGGCAGUGGGGCAUGUGUUCGAAGGUGAGCAUGGAAAGAAAGAUGAGUGGAAGGGGAUGGUGCUGGCGCGAGCCCCCAUAAUGGAUACUUGGUUUUACAUCACCUACGAGAAAGAUCCGGUCCUCUAUAUGUACACCCUGCUGGACGACUACAAAGAUGGUGACCUGCGUAUCAUUCCAGAUUCCAACUACUACUUCCCUACAGCAGAACAGGAGCCUGGAGAGGUGCUCGACAGUCUCGUGGGCAAGCAGGUGGAACACGCCAAAGACGACGGAUCCAAGAGAACUGGAAUUUUUAUUCAUCAGGUGGUAGCCAAGCCAUCUGUCUACUUCAUCAAGUUUGACGAUGAUAUUCACAUUUAUGUCUACGGCUUGGUGAAAACCCCCUAAAUUUAUAGACCUCUUUAGAGGUAAAAUAUUUUACGUUCUCAAAAUUAGGUUUUUCUGAGGACAAUUUCUAGGUCAAAAGUUCCGGACAGUGGCUAAAUCGUAUUGUGCCUCCAUAUCUUAUAUUGACUAUUUCCCAGUUCUGACUCAAGCAUAUGUUGGUACUUUUGUUCUUUAUUUGUUUUGUAAUUGAAAAUUUAAAGUUGUUGCUAAGAGGGGGAAAGUUUGGAUUCACCGAAACGACUCAAAAGAAGAUAAACUCUGCAACGUGUCUUCUGCUCCUCUCCCCCCUUUUAAUUCUUCCAGUUAAUUAGUUUGAGAAUUUGGCAUUUUUCUUAGGAUGUUUUUCCUGCUCUCUAGCAGAAACUUUGAUGUAGUUUUUGCAGAACUGACCUACCAGAUGAUAGAGUUUUUGAUAAAUGGCACAGUCAGUCUCUGUCCUUCACUCUCACACUUCCUCUCACCACUGUUCACAGUAAACAUAGAUGUGCCGAAAAGUAUCCAUUCUGGUGUUGGUGGUCAUUUAUUUCCCUUUUUACUCAUAAUGAUGUUUUAUUGUAUUAAGGUGCUCUCAUUUCUGUAGAAAUGUUAUGUAGGCAUAUACUAGUUUUAAGAAAUAUUGCAAGGUUGCCAUCCACUGGUCUUUAAUGUUGACAGAAAGUUCCAUGAUUUUCCUGAUUACAUUCUUUUUGAUGUUUACCUGACUCAGUGAGAUUUUUUUCUCUUUUUUGAUUUGCUAAUUCCUAUCCUUUGUUCUUUUAUAUAUUCAGUUGAUAUUUUCCAUGUAAACGUGUAGGAAUCUCUAGUACGAAAGUGCAUUUAAACUUUUUUAUUUCAUGUGUUAAUGAAUUUUGCAUUGUUUUUAAUCUUGAUUUUAUUGUUCACUUUACAACUUUAAAAACUUUAAUUUUAUAAUUUUUAAACAUCUAUGUCUUUUUAUAAAGUUUUAGUUUCCUUUCUUUUUCAGGCAGGUGUCCCUAACCUCAGUCAAACCAAUAUUGACUUUGUUUUUCUCUUAUAAUCUUAAUUAUAUUUAAAUUUUC